UCAUUUGAUAUGCAUACACAUGUAUGUAUGUACAAAUGAAUGCAUGUUCAAUGAUUUAUUUUGUUAUUAUUUUAGUUCUGGAAUAGCAUUACACGCGACGACAUCAAUUUAAAUUACAAUAUGGCAAAAAGACGUGCACAUAAAACAUUAUCACUAGCUGAUAAGAUUAAAAUAAUACAAGAGAUAGACCGCGGACAAUCUGGAAAACUUUUGGCAGAUAAAUAUGGUGUAGGAACUUCUACAAUUUGUGACAUAAAAAAAAAUUCCGAAAAUAUUAGGAGAUUUGCUGAGAAUUCUGAUGAAAAACUUUUGAAGCAGCGCAAGACACUCAAAACGGCGGGAGUUUUACGACAAAAGGCAAAAUCACUUUAUCAGAAAAUGUAUAACAAUGAUUCGUUUAAAGCUAGCGAUGGAUGGUUUCAAAAGUUUAAGAAACGAUUUUCUGUACGAAACUUAAAAAUAUGCGGAGAGUCUUUAUCUGCUAGACCAGAUCUUGUUCCUGCUUUUCAAAAUGAGCUCUACAAUGUAAUUGAAGCUGAAAAUUUGUUGGACGACCAAAUUUAUAAUGCUGAUGAGUCUGGACUUUUUUGGAAAAUGUUUCCAGACAAAACUUUAGUGCAUUUUAAAGAAAAAUCAGCUCCAGGCACCAAAAUGAGCAAAGAGAGAAUCACCUUCUUAUGUUGUGCUAAUAAGACUGGAAGUCACAAGCUACAGAUUGCAGUGGUUGGUAAAUCAAAAAACCCUCGGUCAUUUAAAAAACAAAGGGUGAUUGAAUAUUACUCAUCAAAAAAUGCAUGGAUGACAACAUACAUUUUUACUGAAUGGUUUUUCAAAUCGUUUAUACCACAGGUAAAAAACUAUCAGACUGAAAAUAAUUUGCCGAAAAAAGGUCUAUUGAUAUUGGAUAAUGCAACAUGUCAUGGGGAGCCGUUGGCAUCUGAAUGUGGACAAUAUAAAACUAUGUUUCUCCCUCCAAAUUGUACUAGCAUUAUCCAACCUAUGGAUCAAAAUGCGAUACGCCUGACUAAACUUUAUUACAAAAAAGACCUCUUGUGUGAAUUGGUCAAUUCUGAAUCAGACAGUACUGACAUUUUUUUGAAACAAUUCAGUAUGUACGACGCUUGUGAAUUGCUUAAGCGAUCUUGGAGCAGGGUAUCGGAUUCCACUCUAAAGUCCUGUUGGAAAAAUAUUCAUACCCAGAGCUUCAGAAGAUAA